GACUUUCCUCUUCUCCACAUUUCACCAUUCACUCCGUGGAUCAUUGCACAGUCUGACUGAGCUGCAAAACAACAACAAAACAAAACAAAAUAACACGCAAGACAGAACUUUAUGGUCAGACUCAAAGUGUCCUGCGCAGACACCAGCACGGAUGAUGUGUUUUGCUCAACAGCAAUUCAAUGAAAGACGAGACGCACAAAGGCAGAGAUGGGCACCUUUUCUGGACCUCCAUUUAGGCGGGCAGGGAGAAAAAGUCCAUUCGCCGUGCUUCUAGUACCUGCCGUGGUUCUGGUUCUGACCACAUUUUGCAACUCUUUUAAUCUGGACACGGAGAAACGCGUCGUUUUCACCGGACCACGGGGGAGUUAUUUCGGCUAUUCUGUGGACUUCUUCAGCAACUCAUCCAGUGUCAGCAUUUUGAUUGGGGCUCCAAAAGGCAACACAAGGCAGCCUGGAAUUACUGAAGGAGGAGCCGUCUUCCUGUGCCACUGGACCCAAACUAACUGCAGCGUUAUCAACUUUGACAAGCAAGGUGAUCAGUAUUUUUAUAUAAACGAUGUGAACACUCAGGUUGAGUUCAAGUCCCAUCAGUGGUUUGGAGCAACUGUGCGUUCCCAAGGCAACAAUGUCCUGGCUUGUGCUCCCAGGUAUUAUUGGAGGACCGAACAUGACACACCCUUCUCUGAUGUGACAGGAACUUGUUACCUCUCUGUGGACAGCCUGAAAUCAUUUGUGGAAUAUGCUCCUUGUCGAACAGAAAGACAUGGACCUGCAGGACAGGGUUAUUGUCAAGGAGGAUUUAGUGCUGACUUCACCAAGGACGGAAGGGUUGUUCUUGGUGGACCAGGCAGCUUUUACUGGCAAGGUCAGCUGAUAUCAGCCACCCCAGACGAGAUUGUUAAGGCCUACUACCCUUCAUAUUUUUUACUGUCGGUUGCUGGGCAGAUUCAAACAGGACAGGUGCAGGGGAGCUAUGAUGACAGUUACUUGGGUUAUUCCGUGGCUGGUGGCGAGUUCAGUGGGGAUGAUGAGGAAGAUUUCAUCACCGGAGUUCCAAAAGGACUCAUGCUGUAUGGUUUAGUAUCCAUAUUUAAUGCAAGGGAUCUGAAAUCAGUGCUCAACGUGACAGGAGAGCAAAUGGGGUCUUACUUUGGCUAUGCAGUGGCAGCCACCGACAUCAACAAUGACGGACUGGAUGACCUAGUGGUGGGAGCUCCAAUGUUCAUGUUUCGAGGUUCCACUGGGCGCCUGGAGGAGCUUGGGAAAGUUUACGUGUACCUCCAGAAGGAACCUUUUCAGCUCGAGCCCAGCCUACAGCAUUUACUCGGCCAGCAGCCUUUCGGUCGAUUUGGCACAUCACUGGCGCCCUUGGGUGAUCUGAACCAGGAUGGAUUCAAUGAUAUGGCCAUCGGCUGUCCUUACGGAGGAGAAGACCAACAGGGACUGGUUCUUAUUUACAAUGGUUAUCCUCAGGGAUUGAAGGACACGCCCACUCAGACUCUCUCUGGCCACUGGGCUUCCAGCUCUUUCCCUGCCAACUUUGGUUUUGCGCUACGAGGCAACACAGAUCUGGAUCAAAAUGGCUACCCAGACCUUAUUGUUGGUGCAUUUGGGGCUGACAAAUCUGUGCUGUAUAGGUCUCGACCUAUAGUAACUGCAAGCGCAUCUCUCACAGUACAGCCAACGAUGUUCAACCAAGAAGAGAAGCCUUGUGAGCUUCCCACGUGGAAUGGAACCACUGUCGUGUCUUGUGUCAGCAUCACCUUCUGCUUGCUGGCUCAAGGAAAGCACCUCCCAUCUCAUCUAGACUUUCUGGUGGAAAUUCAGUUGGACAGUAUGAAGCAGAACCAGAAGGAAUCUGUCAGGAGGACUCUGUUUCUGGAUAGUCAGCAGCCCAGAUUGGUGAAGACUUUCAGCCUCGCCGAUGGACAACGUCUGUGCCAUGACACCAGGAUCUAUCUACGAGCAGAAGAGGAGUUUCGGGAUAAACUCUCCCCCAUAUUCAUCAGUCUGGCCUUCAGCCUGGAUCCCCAAGCCCCAGUAGACCGACAUGGCCUCAGACCUAUCUUGAAUUAUCAGACUCAACAACUAAUAGAGAAGAAGGCCCAGAUUCAACUGGAUUGUGGAGAAGACAACAUCUGUGUCCCUGACCUGAAGUUGUCUGUUUACGGUGACACAAAAGAAGUUUACCUGGGUGAUGAAAACUCCCUGAGCCUCACCUUCAAUGCCAGAAACGAAGGAGAAGGCGGUGCCUACGAGGCUGAGCUCUACGUACUGCUUCCCAAAGAGGCUGACUACAGUGGGAUCACUCGCAACAAUGAGAGUCUGACUCAGCUAACAUGCAGCUACGAGGCAGAAAACGAGACGUGCUUCCUCAAAUGCGAUCUGGGAAACCCCAUGAAACCUGGCACGAGUUUUUGGGCAGGUCUCCGGUUCACUGUUCCCAGACUCACAGACACCCAUAACACUAUCCAAUUUAAGCUCCAAUUGAGAAGUAAAAAUGCAAAUAACUCAGAGAGUGAAGUAGUUGUGUUCGAAUUGGAGGUAGCUGCAAUGGCUAAUAUCAUUCUGCAGGGUGUUUCUCGGCCAGACAAAAUCUUCCUCCCUCCCCCCAACUGGGGUGUUAGUCACAGUCUGACAGAUGAGCAGGACAUCGGCCCUGAGCUUCAACAGGUCUAUGAAUUUGUCAACAAUGGCCCCAGUACUGUGAGUCAGUCCACAUUAGAGGUGAGAUGUCCUCUCAGGGCUCAAGGCCACGACCUGCUCUACCCUGUGGACGUGGUCACUGAGGGGCCACUUCGAUGCUCCUCCAAACAUGUCCUGAAUUCUCUGAAACUCAAGCUUCAGUCUCCAGCUUCAAGAAGUCCCUCAACUCUGAAGUCCAGCAUGGAGCAUCAUAUCCAGAAGAGGGAGGCCAAAGGUCCCAUGAUUGGACAAGGAAACUUGACGUGCUCAGCAACUGUGGAGUGCUGGCGACUUGAGUGUAACAUUGGACUGCUGGAGAGAGGAGCCAGCGUUAUCUUGAGUGUUCACUCCAGACUUUGGGCAGAGACUUUCCUCGAGAGUGCUUACAAACAGUAUGUUUUGGAGUGUUCUGUUCAGUUCACUGUCGACAAGAUGCCCCACUCCAUUGCUCCAAAAUCCAAACAAUCUGGAUCGAAAAAGGUGGUGACAGCUGUGCUGUGGAACAAAGCAGACAGCUUGUUUUAUGUUCCUGUGUGGAUUAUCAUCCUAGCUGUUUUUGCUGGGAUGCUUUUACUCUUACUGCUCAUAUAUCUGUUGUACAAGAUGGGCUUCUUCAAAAGGUCAGAUCCAUAUGGUACCACCAUGGAGAAGGCCCAGCUCAGACCCCAGGCGUCAUCAGAAGCCUAAAUCCAAAAUGGAGCAGCUGUUCAACGCCACUGGGAUAUUAUCACAUGCAGUACCUAAAUUAUUAUGAGACUUACUAAUGAUGAGCAAUAGUUGUUGGUGGACAUUUUUGGGUGUUGGAUCACUGGACUACGGAUGACCUGGUGCUGCACUAAAAUCUAAACCACAAAGAUGAGGAGGCCGUGCAGUUAACGAGGCACAGCUGUUGUUGACAUUCAUUUUGUUCAAUCAGAAUAUGAACAUGUGAUAUGGAUAUUCUUCAGAGAAAACCACUUCUGAAAGGAUACUAAAUUUUGUCUGUGUCACACAAGAGAGAAUAGGAAGAAUUUAAAAGUAUCAGUGUGUUGCAUUGAGAACUUUUUUGUCUGACCGUGUGGUUAUAUUGCAUACAGCUUUGAGUUUGUUACAUAAUGGAUAGUCUUCAGAUCUUUGCUAAGGGAGUCAUUAGUGAAUGCAGUGGGUGGUGCUCCAUGUCGGGAGUGUGAAAAAAAAAAAGGAAGCUUAAAUAAUAAAUGUUACAAGGCUAUUUCAUGGCAAAUCUCCCCGGUCUGCCUGUUAACAAAUAUACGUGUUGCACGUGGUCACAGUUGAGAAGUUCUGGAUUCAAUCCGUGGUUCAGCAGUUUUGCAUGAUCUUCCCGUGCUCGGGCUUCCUCCCACAGUCCAAAAACAUGCAUGUUGGGUUAAUUGAAGCUUCAAAAUUGUCCACGAGUGAGAAUGCGAGUGGAAGUGUUUUUUUUUUUGUUUAUACAGUAUAUGCCUUGUGAUUGGCUGGUGUGCAGUCCAGGGUGUAUACCCCAUCAGCUCAGUGGCGACCUGAAUAAGAAAAAAGAAAUGGAUGGCUGGAUGUUGCAUACAUAUCAACAGCUUAAAAAUCCAAUUACAGUCACAACUAGCUUCAUAAACCAAGCUACAGUAAAUGUCUGAAAAGAGCAUUUUCUUCUGUUUUUCCUGCUCAACCAAUGAUACACACUGGUCCUUUACAGGCCUUUUUCAGUCCAGGAAACACAAACAAAAGGCACUAAUGCUCUGGUAUUUCUUCUCUCUGAAAAAAUUAAGUCAAAUUUGUAAUUUAAGUUUCAGUUUGGUAUUUCUUUGAUGUCACUGGUGUUACUUGUAAAAGAAUUUCAUACCAAUAAUGGCGCUGUCGUUAUUUAUGCCACGGUGUCAUUAUGUUAUGUACUGUACUUCCUGCAGGACAAUCCUGAUCAAACUGCAAUUUCUAACUUGAAAAUGUCCUCUCCCAUAUUGGGGGGUACUUUGUGUGUAUUGUAAUUGUAUUUGUAUGAUGUUUAUAUCUUGACUCAGAAUAAAGCCUAAUUUUCUAUACCCAU